AUGACUUUCGCCGCCCCUUCGUUGCACCAGAUUGAAAUAAGUGCAAUCAGUGGGCGUUUUGAUGUCAUUACCUACGAAACAAAUCCCCUUGGAUCAUCUGGCCAGGAAAACAGUCCCCCUCUAAACAUGAAUGGAUUGUUGCCAGGGACAGUAUAUAAUAUAACAGUUAAUGUCAAUGCAUCUUUCCCUACUGAAUGUGAACCUUCUGGUUUCAAAACAGCAACUGCUUCGGAAAUAUACGCCACAGAACCAGCAGCUCCUGAUAUUUCUGACGUCGAAAUUCUUAUAACCGAUAAAACCGUAAGAUUCCUUGCAAGUGGGAUGGGAAGAUCUGUGAAAGCUACUGAUGGAUACAUUGACGGAUACUUCUACAGCAACGAGCACGGAACAUCAUCGAGUGGUUUAGUAGGAAUGGGGGAGAAUAUUGUUAUUGAGGAUCUGCAGCCUGCAACAGCGUACAAUUUUUCAUUUUACUCAUUCAUCGAAGCUAUUGGGGGAGUGAACGGAUCAACAGCUGCAGUAGUUUCAAACGUCUGCACAGCACCUUCAACGCCAGAGUUUGCGCUUCAAACUAGCAUGAGCUCCCUAGUAGUCAAUUUGGACCCGAGUUCUAGGGCAGACCAGUUCAAAAUCGAGUUACAACCUCCAGUGACGCCAGCUGUAACUGUUGACGGGAGCAUAUUGAAUCACAGCUUCGACAACAUUCAACCGGGCACUGAGUUCAACGUGACAGUGACUGCAAUCAUGGGUUCUAUUACUACCUGCUCACAGAAUCAUUCAGUGUCCAAGUCUAAAAUUUCAUGCACAGGGCUCUUGCUUCCAAUUAAUGUCAAACUUGGAGAUAUGACACGUGACACAGUUACAGUUGAAAACAUCAGUGGAAACUUUGAUGAGUUCACCGUGAAAAUCGAGACUUCGGGAAUAGUUUAUAAUGAAGUAGAGAUAAACCGAAGUGACCUUCCUCUUCAGGAACGAGGUCUACCUAGUGGAACUGAAGUGAAUGUUACAGUUAAAGUUAACUUGCACCCUGAUCAACUCUGUCCUUCAAUUGACCCGCAGGAUGUCUUAACAACUGUCGCUCAGUGCACAGUUCCUUCACCACCUGAUUUGUCCAAUGUUGGAAUCGCUGCCGAGCAAAACUCGAUAACCAUCUUGGCAGCUACUUCUGGAUCCAAAGUCCAGGCAUCAGAUGGUCACUUAGAUGGAUACUUCUUCGAGGAGGUUCCAGGACUGGUGGACGUUGGGAGAACUCGUCUUACCGAUGAUGUCACAAUAAGUGGAAUGCAGCCGGCAACAUCUUAUAAUCUUUCCUUUUUUGGAUUUAUAGACGCUUGUGGUGGAGUAGACAGCACUCAGACAACAACGCUACAAUAUAUUUGCACCGCACCUGAAUCACCUCGGAUGUCGCUGACCGAGCCUGACAACCGCACUCAAUUGACAAUAAACCUGACAUCAGACUCUGGUGACAAUUACAAAAUUAUCAUUGAACCGUCUGCACCUGUCAAUCAAGUGGGUGAUUUGAUUGCAUAUCACGAGUUUCCUUAUACUGUUGGAGGUCUGCAGCCAGGGGUAUCGUACAACGUCACAGUAGAAGCGAUCGUCGGCACCAAAACAACUUGUGUCAGAAACGAGACGGCUUCGACCACAGCUACAAUUUGCACAGUGCCUAAGAGUCCAGAAAUUGAGUUGCUCUCUAACGGCACCGGAUCACUCAUUCUGCUGAUGGAUCCGUCAUCAAUGACAGCAGACCAGUAUGACGUGGAAAUAGAUCCAAGCAUAGUGUCGAAAAUCUCUCUCGAUGACUCAGGUUUUCCUCACACGAUAACUGGGUUGCAGCCGGCUACUGUUUAUGAGGUGACUGUCACUGCUGUAACUGGGUCUGAGAGCUAUUGUCCUGAUCAGCGAACGGAGUCAACUUCGGCCACUGGAUGCACGGCUCCUGCUGUUCCAAACUUAACCGCUGCUCAAACAUCAUCAUCCAGAGAUUCAAUCACUAUUCUGGGAUCCCUGUCGUCUGUGCAGCCAAGUAAUGGAUCUCUGGACGGCUACUACUACGACAACAACACUGGCUACUCUAUAUCUGGAGUAGCUGCACUGAACGAAGACCUUGUGGUGUCUGGACUGGACCCUGGAUCUCAGUAUAACUUGUCGUUCUUCGGGGUUUUCAGUGGAUGCGGUGGGGUCAGUAGUGCAAAUGCUGCAGUUUUAGUGGACGUUUGUACAGCUCCGGUGGUUCCUGCAUUUGAAAUCACUGCAAACGAAACUGAACUGAAAAUAGAGCUUAACGACUUGUCUGAAAGAGCAGGCGACGUUUUCCAAGUUCAAGUUUCCUCGUCUGAAGACCCUUACGGUGUUCUAUAUGAAUACGAAAUACCCAGAAGUCAGUUUUCAUCUCUCUCAGUACCUGGCUUGACUUCCGGAGAAUGUUAUGUGGUUUCAAUAAAUGCUACUAUCGGCACAGCCAGAAACUGCUAUAAGCUGGAGUUCUCUAAUGAUUCGUCCCUUCACUGCACGAUUCCAUCCACUCCCAAUAUCGAUAAUGUAAAGAUACUCUCAUCAGAGCGGUCAUUCACAAUCCAAGCAUCUACUGCUGGCAACUCAGUGACACCAUCCAAUGGAAACCUAGAGGGCUACUUCCUCAAACUCACAAACACAACUAGCGAACUCGCUGAACUUAAUCAAGAUAUCACGAUUCGAAACUUACGGCCUGAUUCUCUGUACGAGGUUGAGUUUUAUGGGUUUAUUGAAAAUGGAGAAGUAAACUCAACCGAAUCUUCAAAACUCAAUAUCUGCACAGCCCCAAAACUGCCUCGAUUCGGUCUGCUGGCGCCUGAGUAUAACCAGUUUGUAAUCAAUCUACUGAAUGAGUCACUAACAGCAGACAGCAUAACUGUCCUGAUCGACCCUCCGCAUGUCGCGAACUCAACCAACUUGUCAGUGUCUGAUUUCCCCUACUUGAUCGACAACCUGGAACCAGUCACUUUCUACAACAUCACUCUAAUUGCAGAAACCGGAUCCCUUAAAAACUGUGUGGCUCAAACGUAUUCGUCGCAAUCCAGAGCUCUAUGUACUACGAAUGCUCCGGACACUACAACACUAGAAGUUCUGCACACGACAACGCCGGUAUUCGUUGCAACAACAAAUGACACGACAACGUCGCCCGAGCCAACAACAUCCACCCCCGAAGUAACGACGCCAGAACCAACGACGUCGACCCCCGAAGCUACGACAUCAACCCAAGAACAAACAACCAACCCGCAACCAACAGCGAGCACUGAAGUAACAACAACAGAGCCAGAAAACUGUACGGCAAUCGUAUUGCCGAUAAAACCGACGACAGAAAAUCUAGAAUGUCCCGUCGUGGGAGGCGUUGAAGUAAAACACGAAAUUCCACUGUGGGUUUGGGUGCUUCUAUGUGUACUAGGCCUGAUUAUCCUCCUUUUGAUCAUUAUUAUAAUAAUUAUCACAGCAAUGGCAAAACGUGGUGGAAACAGCUCGUUAGACGCAACAUCCGAAACAUCCGCUGGCAGUGUUAUGCCUCUCAUUGUUGGCUCUCAAGUUGCAAACCAGGAAAAAAUGUUGCCAAUAAUAAUGGGAACUCCAGAGCCGGUGGCGUCUAGAACGCCAAAUCGAGCUCCACCACAGUUGAAUGCAAAUGUUUUGAGCCACCUAAAAGCUCCUGCUUUCAUACCACCUGUACCUCGUUCUAAAUCACCAUCUGGGUCGAAUCCUCCAUCUGCUCCUCCUGCACCCUCUUCAGUGACUACUCAUGGAUACUACAGUAACCCACAAGGUACAGAUACAUCAGAAUCUUCCGACAAUCAGGAUCAGAGUGAUACUUCAGAGGACGAAACGAGCCAAAAUACUCCAGAAAAUUUGAAUCUUGAAACGGUGGAAGAGAAUGUAGAACCAAUAUUAUCACCGACUGCAGUGGGAGUCAAUAAUGUUAAAACUCCUGAGAAGCUGUCUGAGAGCUCAUCUGAAGAGGAAUCGGAUGCAAGUGUGCCGUCAGGAAUUCCAAGUCCAGGGGAGUUUCGGAGUCGAGUUAUGGGAACUAUGGGUCUCAUUCAUGGCCAAAAUGGACAGAAACUAAUGUCGUCGGCAUAUGUGCCGACUAAUCAAACUUCAACUGCCAGCGCCAAUUUCGGAGGAGGCAACUUCAAACCGCCUCUAGGAAGGCUGCCUGAAGACAUGAUUGAAGGUGAUUCGACUUCGGAUCAGCCCUCCCGAGCACCAAGGCCGAGUGCGUUUCAAAAACUUCAGAUAGGAAGUGGAGGAGUGAUCCAAGUUCAAAGAGUUGCAAACGAAAAUGUAGCGUCUCAUUCCGGAAACCACUUAAACUUUACGGCGGAAGAACCGAAAGAUAACGCGCCGAAAAAAAAGAAAGGCGGUAAAGCAAAGUCAUCAAGUGGCCAGAAGAAGCAAGCGAAGAAGACUCGUCCUAUUUCCUAUUCGUCGAGAAAAAAAUAAAGAAAAAAG